CUUUGCCAUCGGCUUUAGCAUUGUCCCCUGUCGCGUACUACGUUUUACGUCAGAGCGAUACCUGAGUGCUGACACGCGACGUCCAUUUCAUUUACUACUGAAUCGCCUUGACCCUUGCAUUGCGACUAUGGACAAAAUCGCCCAGGGAGCUCGUCGAAAACCGAAUAAACGUGCGGGUCAGGUUUGUCAACGAUGUCACGAAAAAAAGAUAAAAUGCGACCUGAAUCUUCGAACCGAAAUUUCUCGGCGAUGCGCUAAUUGUAUCAAUACAGAUUCUACAUGCAAUCUGCGUCCGUCGAGACGAGGCAGGAAGGGGCGUGUUAUGCGCCAGACUCAACUUCAAGAUGAAACGGAACUGUUAGAAUCCAGGCAAUCUGCUCCAUAUACAUCGUCGAUGGAAGCGCCGUUAGAACACAACACCGCACAAAUUUCUCCAUUAUUGUCCCAGCCGAGCCUGCUGGACAGUCAACAACAUACAGAUGUUAGCCCACUUACUGUGCAGAUGGAUGGACAACGUCACACGAGUUACGACAAUCCCAAACAGCGUACAUAUAUUGGCAACACCGGUUAUAUGGAGAUAUUUGGCAGCGAAAGCACUCCCGUUAGGCACACAACUCUUGAUAUCAUGCCGGUGGACUGCAACUCUACACUGAAUGCCAUUCCGGAUAGCCUCCUAGAUAGUUACAUUGAAACAUACCUUGAAUUCGCCUACGUGUGGUGCCCAGUUUUGGACCGGCAUAUACUGCAAAAUCCUCAGGUCUUUGGGUCACCAUUACUUCAGAAUGCACUGGCUCUGUGCGGCACGAGACUUCGACCGCCUCUCAUUGCGCAUGCCCAGCCGAGCGACCACUAUAUACGUGCCAAGAAUAUCAUUUACGGAGGUCAGGAGACUAACCCUUUAGUUCAGAUCAUUGCAAUUAUGCUCUUCUACUGGUGGUCUCCCGGCCCUCCUAACGUGGCUAGCUUGGACACUGGUCGGUGGUGGGUUUCUACAGCCAUCCAUCUCGCCGAGGAAAUUGGCUUGCAUCAGGAGUUAUGUCCUGUAGAGACCUAUGUAGGAGAAUCCUCCGGAUUAAGGCGCCGGAUCUGGUGGACGCUGUUUGCGAGGGAUCGGAUUGUAGCUAUGGCUCAAGGUCGGCCUUGUUUCAUUGACCCAGAUUACUGCAACGUGCCAAUGGUAACACUGGAAGACUUCCCCGAUCCGCAAGACUCGAGAGCUUUAAUUUUCAUACACUGGGUUAAGAUGUGGGAAAUAGUGGGAAGGAUCCACAAGAAGAUGUACCAGUCAAAGGGUGUGUUGUUACACAAACCUACAAUGCUCCAGGAUUUGAUCGAUUGGAUCCACUCCCUUCCAGCAUCGCUGCAGCUGCCGUUCAAUACCAACAGAACGAUUGGAUUCAAUCGUGAUGUAUAUGACCUCCAUCUGGGUUACUUGACCAUCGUUAUAUUACUUCAUAUGGAGAAGAACGAGAGGUCAAUCCCCACUGCGUCUUCCCCGGCUAUCAUCGCCGCAUCCUGCAUCGCUCGUAUCUUCAAGGAUUAUCUAGCACGGGGAUCUGUUCGAUUCCUACUUACCCAGACCACAUGGAGUAUUGCUGUUGCUAUGCUAGCCUUGCUCCAUGCACGUCGUAUGGGUGGACUUGCAUUGUACAUUGAUGACGAAAUCCGCACCCUCCAUUCUGCCCUAACUCAGCUUGCCCCCUUUUCGUAUCCAGGAAAGAUGUUUAGUCAGGGCAUACAAAAGCUUCUUGAUAAAGAGAAUGCAUCAAUGAGCUUUGAACCACUCCACCCUGGACCCCAUGGUGGUGGCAUGGAGCAUCACAAUUCUUCGUCGGUUGUACAUGAAAUAUAUCCUGACCAUGGCUUGGAAUGGAUGGAUCUUUUCCCUUAUCUCUCGACUCACACAAGUCCCCUGAUCGGAGCUCUCCUUUCUAGUGGUGAUUCUGAGUUUCCUCCCUGUGAUCAAGAAUUGGCGCCUGACAUUCUCCUCGUGUUACAAGAUCUUCUUUCUGAACACCAAGGCUUCUAUCCUGGAAUUUUGUAAGGUUAAUAAUAUCCUCACCAUUCGGAGACCUUGGAUAGUUAUUAUAUGACUACUAUUACAUAUAUUACAUUUGCGGGCUUCAUCCGGAAACAGCUCUGAUGUUGGAGGGGAAUAUCUUCGGGAUGUGAAAUUCAAUAAGUGGGCAUAUGUCAGUAUAGUAUUGCAUA